UCAUGCUGCUGCCAGGUCCAGAGUCUCUCAUGGGUCCCUGUACGGCCUCCCAUUGCUGCUGUCUCCAUCGCCACACUCUGCCAUGUGCCACUUUCAGGUCUCCUCACACUGCUGGUGUGUUCCAUUUUUUGUCAUAGGGUGCUGGCAGAUUACGGGCCUCCCAUAGCUGCUGCCCAGGCCCUAAUCUGCCAUGGGCCCCUAUACCGCCUCCUCAUGCUGCUGCCAAGUCCAGAGUCUCUCAUGGGUCCCUGUACGGCCUCCCAUUGCUGCUGUCUCCAUCGCCACACUCUGCCAUGUGCCACUUUCAGGUCUCACACACUGCUGGUGUGUAGAAUUUUUUGAC